AUGACAGCGCUCCCAUCUGGUGCCGUGACUCGCACAUUCAGCCGACUGAAAUAUGUUCAGCUCGAGGCCGAGAAGAUCGCCGAGACCCUCGAAAAAGACGAGGAAGAGAACGGAAACCAGUUCUUCAUUCUACUCCAAACAACCCCUCGUAUCUCGGAGCGACUCUUCGAGGAUCAUGAUUGUUUGAAGGGUGUGAACUACCGGUUUGAGUUUGAAGGUAGUACAGGUAUUUUGCGCGUGAUACCAGGGUAUCACCAUGAAUAUACCACCUCGGCACUCGUGCAGAGAGUCACUCUGCAACUGACCAGCAUGGGACUAACUGAUGAAUAUUAUUGGGGCGGAGCGACGCGAUAUAAAUCCUUAUCACGGGGCCAAAGAGGGAGACCAAGUUUUCAGCCCCUCUGCACGUUGCCCUUCUAG